AUGACAAACCUAUCGCAAUCUCCCGACGGGAUGCAUGGCUACCGUGACAAUAAUGUGGCAGUGCGGACAUUGAUGAUUGUUUUCACCUCCAUCGCAUUAUACAACGCUAUUGAAUUGUUAAUAUUGUUAUUUUUGACCUUUACUCAUUACCGAGGACUUUACUUUUGGACGCUUCUGCUCUCGGUAAUCCUCGGAGUAGUCCCUCACGCCGUUGGCUACCUGCUGGGAUUUUUUAUUCUAGCUCCAUUAUGGUUCUCUUUGAGUCUCUCCACUAUUGGCUUCUACGUCAUGGUCCCAGGCCAAUCGCUGGUCCUAUACUCUCGUCUUCAUUUGGUGGUCAAUAACAAUAAGGUGCUUCGAUUUGUUCUUUGGCUGAUUAUCAUCGACGCGAUCAUUCUCUUGAUCCCAACGACCGUUCUUACUUUCUCUGCCACGUACAUCGGAAAACCGUCCAUGAUUCGCGGAUAUAAUGUCAUGGAGCGAAUGCAAUUGGCCUGGUUCUGUGCCCAAGAGAUGGUCAUCUCGGGAAUUUACAUCGUCGAAACCGUGAAGCUGCUCAGAAUGAUGCCAGACAAGGACCGACGACGAUCCAGAAUUAUGUAUGAGUUGCUGACCAUCAAUUUUGUCAUCAUAUUGCUUGAUAUUUGUUUACUCCUUGUGGAGUACAUUGGACUUUACUCGCUGCAGACCACGUUGAAGGCCAUGGUCUACAGUAUCAAGUUGAAGCUCGAGUUCGGUGUGCUUGGAAAGCUAGUCGACCUUGUGCAAACUCAUCGAUCGCAACCCACUUCGUCCGAACACGAAGAAUAUCCUGGCUUCGUGGAUCCUUCCCAGAUUACAUCUGAUAUCACUCAUGCGGCCCCGCGGGAAUUGCAACCGGGGGGACGAAGAGGGUGGAAUACGUUAUCUAUGGAGAGUUUGCCCAGUUCUGAGCGCAGAAUUCGUCCAUCUACCCGGUCGACCGACGACAGCAUGCAUCCAUCUUGA